AGGGGCAGCUCCAAUUCUCUCCCCGCCCCCUGCUCCUAGUCCUGCUCCUGACCCUUUUUCUCUUGGCUCUGUCGGCAGUUUCUCUGGGACCCAGCAGUGUCUUCUGUCCACUGCUCUGGGCCACUCCCACCCCACCCCCACCUGGAGCCCCUAACUCAGGAUUCAGCACCCAGGGGCCCCUCCCUACCCCAGCUAACCUCCUCUGGACCAGGAGAGCCGACCCAGAUCCCACUACCUCCAUGAGCGCUGCAGAUAGGAUGGGGGCCAGAGCAGUGCUGCUGCUCCUGCUGGUGCUAGGGACACCCAAGUCAGGGGUCCAGGGGGAGGAAGGGCUGGACUUCCCUGAGUAUGAUGGUGUGGACCGCGUGAUCAAUGUCAACGCAAAGAACUACAAGAAUGUGUUCAAGAAGUAUGAGGUGCUGGCACUCCUCUACCAUGAACCCCCCGAGGAUGACAAGGCCUCACAGAGACAAUUUGAGAUGGAGGAGCUGAUCCUAGAGUUAGCAGCCCAAGUUCUAGAAGAGAAGGGUGUUGGCUUCGGGCUGGUGGACUCUGAGAAGGACGCAGCUGUGGCCAAGAAACUAGGACUAACUGAGGAGGAUAGCAUUUAUGUGUUCAAGGGGGAUGAAGUCAUUGAGUAUGACGGCGAGUUUUCUGCUGACACCCUGGUGGAGUUCCUGCUGGAUGUCCUAGAAGACCCUGUGGAAUUCAUUGAGGGUGAACGAGAACUUCAGGCAUUUGAGAAUAUUGAGGAUGAAAUCAAACUCAUUGGCUACUUCAAGAGCAAAGACUCAGAGCAUUACAAAGCCUACGAAGACGCGGCCGAAGAGUUUCAUCCCUACAUCCCUUUCUUCGCCACCUUUGACAGCAAGGUGGCAAAGAAGCUGACCCUGAAGCUGAAUGAGAUCGAUUUCUAUGAGGCCUUCAUGGAAGAGCCUGUGACCAUCCCAGACAAACCCAACAGUGAAGAGGAGAUUGUCAGUUUUGUGGAGGAGCACAGGAGAUCAACCCUGAGGAAACUGAAGCCUGAGAGCAUGUAUGAGACCUGGGAGGACGAUAUGGAUGGAAUCCACAUUGUGGCCUUUGCAGAGGAAGCCGAUCCCGAUGGCUACGAGUUCUUAGAGACUCUCAAAGCUGUGGCCCAAGAUAACACUGACAAUCCCGAUCUUAGCAUCAUCUGGAUUGACCCUGAUGACUUCCCUCUGCUUGUUCCCUACUGGGAGAAGACAUUUGACAUCGACCUGUCAGCCCCACAAAUAGGAGUCGUCAAUGUUACUGAUGCGGACAGCAUAUGGAUGGAGAUGGAUGAUGAGGAGGACCUGCCUUCUGCUGAGGAGCUGGAGGACUGGCUGGAGGAUGUGUUGGAGGGUGAGAUCAACACAGAGGAUGAUGACGAUGAUGAUGACGAUGAUGACGACGACGACGAUGACUAGUUGCUGUGGCAACCAUCUCCAGCCCCAUCCGAUCUCUUCACGUACCUUCUUCCCUUUGCUGUCUAUCCCUGAGUUCUUCUGGGGACACUAGGUCAUUCUCUACCAUAGGGCCUGCUGGGGUCUAUAUAUUGGGUGCUGAGAUCCAGUUCACCCUCGGGUGAUGAGGAAAGGAGUUACUUUGCCCUAGACACUCGCCCUGCUCUCUCCUGGCUCUCAUCCUGUGACUUACCUGUAUUUAUUAUUUGUUUCUCCCAUCAUGCUCUAUCCUCUUUCUUGUGGUUCUCUUCUUUGCUGUAUCGGUGGGUAGCAUCUCUAUGCUGUUCCUUCUUUGUACAAUCCUCCCCAUUCUCUCAAAUCCUAUAUCCUCUGGCCGUCCUGUCCCUGGCCAGGAGGAAGGGAGGGUACAGUGUUUGAGGCUGUAUCUCAGCCCCUUCUUGUUAAUGUAUUUGGGUCAAAUGCAAGGCCUCAAUAAAGAGAUCUGGGGCAGCAUGA